AUGCUCUCCAGGACACUUACGGUCGUCGCGUUCGCCGCAUUCGCUGCUGCGGUGGAUCCUCUGGGACUCAUCUUCCCGCCAAGUGCUGAGCAGUGCGAGCCGACGCUCAUUCAAUGGGUGGGCGGCGAGGGACCAUUCACCUUGGGGUUCCAGACUGGCCAAGAUCGCAAGACGGUCGAGUUGUUCCCGAACAUCCCUGCCGGCGUGACCAGCUUUACCUGGCAGACGAAUCUUGCUGCGGGAACGACAUAUGCAUUCUCGCUUAACGACUCCACCGGGCUGUUCACUGACAGCCCGCUGUUUGGCAUCCAACCCGGCAAGGCAUGUGGGAGGCGGAAAACCAUUUGGGAGUAG